AUGCUAAGCAAGCGCUGGCUUCGGUUGAGCGUGUCGCUUAUCGCCUUGAUAAUUUUGGCUAUCGUCCUUAUCACCUAUGCAAACAGCCCAGAGUAUGUCCAGCCGUACCUCGAUGCCAUAAUUAAGCAGGCGCCAUCGCCAGACUACUUUGCACCCGACACAAACUUCUACGUGAUUGACAUCGCUAUUAGGGAUUGUGGGAAGUGGAAUAAGAACAGCCCAACUUGUGGGGUGCCGUCAGUAUCCUACGGUGAGGGAACGCUGCAGAAAGAUACUGACAUGAACUGGCAACGUGUUACCAAGGAUUUUUAUUUGAAUAAGCACUGGACAGCCCUACGAUAUCUCAGCUAUAAACGAGCUAGUGAACACGAUAACGUCAUCGUGGAUAUCGCUAUUGGGGCUUCUCCUGGCCAAGGCUGGCGAAGUAAAGGCCAUGGGAUUUGGGUAAAAUACGGCAAACCGCUGAAAGAUAAGGCCAUUACUGGGAUAGACUUAUUGUUUGGAGAAGAUGCAGUGGAGCCGCGUCAAAAUUGGAAGUUGAUUGAUACUCCUUUGGAUGGAUCUUACGACUUCCCCAUAAAGCUCACGUACCAUCGCGGUCAAACAACAGGACGAGAGGUCAAGCAGCUUCAGUUCGACCAGGCUGGUAAGCUAAAAAUUCUCCAGGUAGCUGACCUCCAUUUUCUGACGGGCGUGGGUGUUUGUCGUGACCCAGUACCUGCCGAACUGGCCGAAGGAUGCCAAGCAGAUCCCCGUACUGUGAGAUUCUUGGAAUCCAUUCUCGACAUCGAGAAGCCUGAUUUUGUGGUACUCACAGGUGAUCAAAUCUAUGGGGACGAAGCCCCGGAAAGCGAAUCCGCGAUAUUUAAAGCAUUAAAUCCAUUCAUCAAGCGGAAAAUCCCAUUUGCCGUGACAAUGGGCAACCACGACCAUCAAGGUCUGUUAUCAAGAACCCAAGUGAUGCAAUUGUCACUGUUACUCCCAUACUCGCUUUCAGAGAUCGGACCCUCACAUAUCCCCGGCGCUGGAAAUUAUGUUCUCACCGUGAAGUCAUCUAAAGAUGACAAACCUGCGGCUACAUUUUAUUUCGUUGACACACAUGCUUAUCUGACACAGCCACGAAUCGCUCUGGGCUAUGAUUGGAUCAAAGAUGAACAAUUGGAAUAUCUUCUAGCCAACAAGGUAGAACUGCUGCUAGGCAUGGCCUUCCUUCAUAUACCCUUACCUGAAUAUCGCAAUGUCGCCAAUAAUGAACUUAUUGGUCAAAAUCCCGAGACUGUCACUGCACCUCGGUAUAACACUCACGCUCGCUCUCGAUUUGCCGCAUGGGGCGUCCAAGUGGUCACUUGCGGCCAUGAUCAUGCUAACGAUUAUUGCCUCAAAGAUAGACAACCAGAUGAAAACGAUGUGUGGCUCUGUUAUGGUGGCGGCGCUGGCGAGGGUGGUUAUGGUGGAUAUAACGGAUACGUUCGCCGGGUACGACUUUUCGAGUUGAGUGAAAAUGAUAAGUCUAUAAAGACGUGGAAGCGUCGCGAAGACAAUCCCUCUCAACUGUUUGAUCAUCAGGUGCUUUACCAAGCUUGA